GCAUAUACUAUACUAUAUAGUAUAUAUAGUAUAUACGUAUAUAUUCACAUGUACUUAUAUUUGUGCGUGUGCAGUGAUAGCAACAGAAUUUAAAUGCGAAAGCAGCAGCAGCAGCAGCAACAGCAACGGGAAAAUGCAGACUGGCUUCAAUUGUUGUUGUAAUCUUAAGGCGUAUCCAUAGACAGGAAACACACCCAAACACACACACACACACACACUUACAUAUAUAUACACACUCCAAUAGUUGUUGUUAGUUAAAUUGUUGUUAGACAAGGCUGUGAUUUAAAGCUACAGACAGGAGACAGGAGAUGCCACAAAAGCAGCAGAAACAAACACAACAACUAAAACAACUCGAACUACAACAAGAAGUGGCAGCAACAACAACAAGAACAACAAGAAGAAGAGCAACACAACAAGAUUAAGAGCAGCAGCAUAUCAGGAGGCUACCCACGGAACAGCAAACAACAUUUAUUCACGCCAAUCCUCGCCACCGCCACCGCAUCGCUUACAAUGCUCUGGUAGCCAAGACAGUUUUACCGUGGAUCACUACUGUGGCGGCGGCGGAGGCGGUGAUACACAGGCUGCAGCAGCAGCAACCGGAGGAGGAGCUGGAGGAGCAACUGGAACUGGAGCUGGAGGUGGAGCUGGAUUGUCAAGCAGUCAAUGGUCUGGAGCGGGCGUGACACCAGGAUCGGGCGGCGUCGUCGGCAUGUGCCAGCAUCAUGGGCUAACAUCACAAUCGUUGAUGUCCGGUGGCUGUGUUGGCUCCCACAUGUCUCUCUUGGGCGGCAGCGGCAGUGGCGGCGGCGGUGGCGGCGGCAGCAGUGGCAGCAGCGGCAUGAGCGGCAGCGGUGUCGGCAGCAGCGGCCAAGGCAUACCGAUCAAUCAAUGCUCGGCUGCUGAUGUUGCCAUGCUAACCGGUGGACAUUGUCGCAGCAUGAGCGGCCUCAGUUCACUCAGCAUGCAGCGCCGCCCUGCCCCCCCGCCACCGGCGCUCUUCAAUCCCUGUAGCUCAGCGCUGUCCCUGCAGCAGGCGGCCUCGUCGCGCUGGGGACCGCGCACCUCCUGCCCCGUGCAUAGUCCAUUUCGUGUGCGUGUGCCCAACGGUUCCAUAUGCUCCGGACAUCAGGUGAGACCCAAAAGCGCUGCUGCACACACACACGAUGUCGUUGCUCGGGAUGUCUAUGGCGAGGAAGCUCUGCGCGUCACACCGCCGCCAAUGGUGCCCUAUCUCAAUGGUGAUGAGCUGGACAACGUCGAGGGCGGUGAGCUGCAGCAUGUGACACGUGUGCGUCUCGUGCAGUUCCAGAAAAACACCGACGAGCCGAUGGGCAUCACGCUUAAAAUGACCGAAGACGGACGCUGCAUUGUGGCGCGUAUCAUGCACGGCGGCAUGAUACACAGACAGGCCACGUUGCACGUGGGCGAUGAGAUACGGGAAAUCAAUGGGCAGCCGGUGCAGCAUCAGUCUGUCGGUCAAUUGCAACGAAUGCUGCGCGAGGCACGCGGUUCCGUUACCUUUAAAAUAGUUCCUUCAUACCGCAGCGCACCGCCACCCUGUGAGCUUUUCAGGAUAAGACCCGCUCCAGUGCUUAUUUUUGUUCGUGCACAAUUCGAUUAUAAUCCACUGGAUGAUGAGCUUAUACCCUGCGCCCAGGCAGGCAUUGCAUUCCAAGUCGGCGACAUUCUGCAGAUCAUUAGCAAGGACGAUCAUCACUGGUGGCAGGCGAGAAUUGAUACGGUGGGCGGUUCGGCGGGUCUGAUACCAUCACCGGAACUGCAGGAGUGGCGCAUUGCCUGUCAGACUGUUGACAAGACCAAGCAGGAGCAAGGAGAACCGGGUGCUGGAUGUUCCGCUCACGCAGAUGGGUGUGAUGGAUCCGCAGUGAACUGUUCCAUAUUCGGGCGAAAGAAGAAGCAGUGUCGGGACAAAUAUUUGGCCAAACAUAAUGCCAUAUUCGAUACGCUCGAUGUGGUCACAUACGAAGAGGUUGUCAAAGUGCCAGUUGGUGAUCCGAAUUUUCAGCGCAAGACUUUGGUGCUACUUGGUGCACAUGGCGUUGGUCGGCGGCAUAUAAAGAAUACUUUAAUAUCAAAGUAUCCCGAUAAAUAUGCCUAUCCCAUACCACAUACAACGAGACCUGCUAAGCCCGAGGAGGAGAACGGACGCAGUUAUUACUUUGUCUCACACGACGAAAUGAUGGCCGACAUUGGUGCCAAUGAGUAUUUGGAAUACGGUACCCACGAGGAUGCCAUGUAUGGCACCAAGCUGGACACCAUACGACGCAUACACACUGAGGGCAAAAUGGCCAUACUAGAUGUGGAGCCGCAGGCACUUAAAAUACUGCGGACAGCUGAAUUCACGCCCUAUGUGGUGUUUAUAGCGGCGCCCUCGCUCCAGAACAUUGCAGACUACGAUGGCAGCCUGGAGCGAUUGGCCAAGGAAUCGGAUAUGCUGCGUCAACUGUAUGGCCAUUUCUUUGACCUGACCAUUGUGAACAACGAUAUUAGCGAGACGAUUGCCACGCUGGAGACGGCCAUUGAGCGUGUACACACCACACCACAAUGGGUGCCGGUGUCCUGGCUCUACUGACAAGACAGUGAGCUGGAAUGCCCCGACUGUCUCGAUGGCUGCGAUUGCGAGUGGGAUGCAUACACACAGGCGUCCAAUGUGGCGCUCUACUGAGUACAUACUCACACAGACUCACACUCACACACACACCAUUAAAGUAUUAACAAGGCACAAAUACAACACAUACAACUACUACAGUGAAGUUGGUAGGCGCCUGGCGCCAUCCUCAAAAAACACACACAACAAUAAGACACACACACGUCUACAUAUAUAGAAAUGGGUAUUAUGGGAACUGCAGUCGCAACGCAAAGACAAAAAUGUUAAUUUUCAAUAUUGAAUUUCAAGGUAAUAUUGUUUUUUUGUUUUAGUAUAAGUUAACUAUUAUUAUUAUUAUUGUAUUUGCCAUUCCAGUAAGCUGCCGCAAGCAGUUUGUUUUAUUGUUUAUGUUUAUUGUUUGAUCUAGACAUUUAUUUAGUAUUCUUUUGCCAGACAGCAUUAAACGCUUAUGUAAAUCCUACACUUGUUAGUGAUUAAGUUAAAUGGAAAAUGAACAGCAGCAGCAACAACAAAGCACUCCAGCAAAUAAAUUCAAAAUGUAAAAUGUUUACGAAAGUUUAGUUGCAACAUGAAAGUCUUUUGAAAAGCGAGCGUCAAACGAGUUAGUAAAUUAUAGGAAACUACGUAAUUAAAUUUAACUAACAUAGAACAAAACAUGAUUAAAAACAAAAACAAAAACAAAAUUAAAGCAAGUCACAAACAAAGUAACAACAGCAACAAGAGCAUGGGGAAGAUGAAUAAAACAAAGUAUGAUGUGAGCAAUUUCAAGUGUUUCAAACAAAUUAAAACAAUUAAAUACACAUUAAAAGUAAAACAAAAAAAAAAAAAAAAAAAAAAAAAAAGAAAAAAAUAUAAUAAAGGAAAGAGAUGAAUAAAAACGAAAAUGAAGAUUUAAUGAAUAUAACUCAAAAAUGUGCACGGUUUUAAAUGCAAUAAAGAAAAUACAUAAUAAAUAUAUAAAAAACAAGCAAAAUAAGGAAAGAAUACACUUACAUACACAAAGCAAAUGCAAAAGCUAAACCAAAACCAAAAGCGAAUAAAAUUGUUGAAGUUGAAUUAAUUUAAUUAAGAAUUUAAAAGGAAAAAUGCAAUCAAACAAUAUAAGCGUAAUUUAUUUGCCACAGCGUUAUCAUAAUAAACGAACACUUAAUUAAACAAUGGCAAAUUAAAAGAACAUAGAGUGAGCACAAAACACAUACACACGCAUACUAACACCCAAUCACACACACACACAUGCAACAACAACUGACAAACAAUAAAUGAUGAAUAAAAAAUAAAAGUAUUGAAAUAAAUUAAACACGAGCGGUAGACGGUUAAUGAAAUACCUUAUGACGAACCACUAUUUAGUAAUCGAAAAUAAAUAAAAUCACACAAGUGUGAGCAGAACAGCGCAGCACACAUUCACACACACACAACUCACACACACAAACGUAUAUAUAUGAAAUAUACACAUAUAUUUUUGAACAACUCAAACUCAGGUUGGAUACAUUGAAAAUCAGACAAGUUAUAUAAGAUUAAUAUAGCGAGCGCUUCCUUUUAACCCACAGCCAAUAAGCAAACAACAGACAGCUAAUUUUAGUGAACCAAAUCAAUGAACCCACAAUCCAAAAAGUAAAAGAACGAAAAACUUAAAAAAAAGACAACCUUAAAAAAACCUUAACAAAAAAAAAAAAUGAGCAAAAAGAACCACCCAAAUAGCGUCGCAGCUUUAAGUUUUUAAUGCUAUGUAUUACGUAUACAACAAAUGAAAUUAUGAGAAAUGACAAAAAACGGAAUCAUGUAGAAACUAUGAAUACCAUACGAGAAUUCCCUAUACCAUAUGUAUGUGGCAGCAGCUCAUCAGUUUUUACAGGUUUGCUAAUGGCACCUGCUUUUACAGAGUGGAAAAUGCGCUCGUUUUUCCCCUCCCCAAAAGAAAUUUUAUUCGAAUAUAUGAAUGAUUAUUCAAUUUGUUUAUAUUUUAAAUCGAGAAAAACAAAACAAAAACAAACAGACGAGGUCGUAAAUAGGCAGCUAGAUCUGAACUUCAUCUGCUACUCGCGUAUCUCGAGCUAUUUUGUAAGUUUAUCAAACUUAAAUGGAUCAACGUAAAGUUAGUGCCAAGAUGUCUUGGGGCAACCUGCAGUUGGAUUCCUAAUGCUACGUGGAACACUCUUACUUUAGGCCAACAUAAUAGCGCCAACACAAAACCGAACAACAUAUUGGGCAAAUGCGAAUGGAAGCACAUUAAAUUCUUAUAAUUAGAAUUUACAAAAAAAAAGAAAGAGAA